UUACCGGCCCCUUAUCAGGCAAAUAUUUUUGGGUGGGGUUUGUCAAUUUUGUUUUCCGAGUGUCUAAAUUUUUCCAAAAAUCUUCCCCGCGCUCUCGGCUGCCCCAACGAUUUCGAAAAGCGCGCAAAAACCGUUCCAUAAAAUGCUCAGUGUCGGGCAAAUCUUAUCGACCGAGUUUUUGAGGUUAGCAGGCCUUCCAUUAUAGUGACAGUUCAGGAGCUAACCUCGUUACGAUUUCGUGAAUGUUUUCGCUCGCAAAGUCGCCCAAACCGACUUUCCUCCCUCGUCGCCCCGUUCAGUAGAGCCGCUUUCGCCCCAGCGAGACUCUCCCCGAAAUAUGUGAGGUGGUGCUUGUGCUCAGCCUGUGAAAGUUCAUUGCAAAAUUAUUUUCCACGACGCCAUUUUUGAGAUGCGAGCGUAGCGACUUCGCGGGAGAGCAUGGCGCCUGUCCCCAGACCGGGCAGCCUGAGGGACCCAGAGAUCGCCGAACUCUUCUACAAGCAUGACCCGGAGAAGAUCUUCGAGGACCUCAGGGAGAUCGGGCACGGCUCCUUCGGGGCCGUCUACUACGCGCGCUGUCUCCUCACCAAGGAGAUCGUCGCGAUCAAGAAGAUGUCCUACACGGGCAAGCAGAGCCUCGAGAAGUGGCAGGACAUCCUCAAGGAGAUCCGCUUCCUCAAGCAGCUCAAGCACCCCAACACGAUCGAGUACAAGGGGUGCUACCUGCGCGAGAACACGGCGUGGCUGGUGAUGGAGUACUGUCUGGGCUCGGCCUCCGACAUCAUCGAGGUGCACAAGCGGCCCCUGAAGGAGGAGGAGAUCGCGGCGAUCUGCGACGGGGUGCUGUGUGGUCUGAGUUAUCUGCACGAUUUCGGCCGGAUUCACAGGGACGUGAAGGCGGGCAACAUCCUCCUCACCGAGAACGGCACCGUGAAGCUGGCCGACUUCGGCAGCGCCUCGAUAAAAUGCCCGGCGAACUCGUUCGUCGGCACGCCAUACUGGAUGGCUCCGGAGGUCAUCUUAGCCAUGGACGAGGGCCAGUACGACGGCAAGGUGGACGUCUGGUCCCUGGGCAUCACCUGCAUCGAACUGGCCGAGAGGAAGCCGCCCUACUUCAACAUGAACGCCAUGGCGGCCCUCUACCACAUUGCUCAAAACGAAUCACCCACGUUGCAGUCUUCCGAAUGGUCGGACCUGUUCAAGCACUUCGUCGAGGCUUGCUUGCAGAAACUGCCAUCCAACCGGCCGCCGUCGAAAAUCCUACUCACUCACCAGUUCGUGACGCGGCCGCGCAGCCCCAACGUGCUCAUCGACCUGAUCCAGCGCACCAAGGCGGCGGUCCGCGACCUCGACAACCUCAACUACCGCAAAAUGAAGAAAAUACUCAUGGUGGACAGCUGCGAGACGGAGAGCACGAUCGACGUGGACGACACCCCCGACGAGCACGCGGGCGGCGACAGCUCCAAGAGCAACUCGGUCACGUCGGAGCACAGCGUCCACUCCGUCGGCGUCUCGGCGAGCAGUCAGUCGAGCAGCACGAACAGUUUGCCGGCUGGCGCCGAAGACGGCACGGCGAGGAGGCACAAGACCUGCUUCAACCACGUGGCGGCGGCGGCGGCCGUCGGCGACCACGGCACGAACAACUUCGCCACGAUCAGGACGACGAGUAUCGUUACCAAGCAGCAGAAGGAGCACAUGCAGGAGGAGAUGCACGAACAAAUGACAGGUUAUAAGCGCAUGCGACGCGAGCACCAGAGCGCCCUCUUGAAGCUCGAGGAGAAGUGCAAGAUGGAGAUGGAAAGUCAUAAGAAUCAGCUGGAUAAGGAAUACGAGGUGUUGUUGCAAAACUUCAGCAAGGAACUCGAAAAGUUACAGGCGAAACACCAACAAGAACUGGAGAGGCGACUUAAGCAAAACACGGCCAGCGAAAAGAAGCUGAUAAAAGACAUCACCAGCAGACAGGAGAGCGACAGGAAGGCGUUCGAUGCGCAUAGGAAGAAGGAGUACAAGGCGAACAAAGAAAGGUGGAAACGAGAAUUGUCUCAGGACGAUUCGACACCAAAACGUCAACGGGAUGCUACUUUACAGACGCAUAAAGACAACCUGAAGUUGGUGGACGCCCAGGACGAACAGAGAUUAAUCAGAUGCCAAAAAGAAUAUUUAGAAUUGGAAGUGCGAAAGUUCAGGAGAAAAAAGCUCCUGUCUUACCACAACCUAGAACAGGAUUUGCUGCGCCAGGAAUUGAAUAAAAGACAACAACAACUCGAACAGGCCCACAUGAUGCUCCUCAGGCACCACGAGAAGACAAAAGAGCUGGAGUACCGACAACAGAAGGCCGUGCACGCCCUCCGCGAGGAGCAGGUGAAGAACCAGCACGACACCGAGCUCGCCAACCAGACCGAGUACAUGAGUCGGUCCGAGCGCGAGCUGCGCAAGAAGCACGCCCUCGAGGUGAAGCAGCAACCCAAGUCGCUCAAGCAGAAGGAAAUGAUGGUGCGCAAGCAGUUCCGCGAGACGUGCAAAGUCCAGACGAAACAGUACAAGGCGCUGAAGGCGCAGAUCCUCGCCAACACCCCCAAGGAGGACCAGAAGGCGGUGAUCAAGAAGCUGAAGGAGGAGCAGCGGCGCAAGCUCGCCUUGCUCGGCGACCAGUACGAGCAGAGCAUCGCCGAGAUGCUCCAGAAGCAGUGUCUGCGGCUGGACGAGAGCCAGGAGAGCGAGUGCGCGCAGAUGAAGGAGCGCCUCCACUACGAGCUCGAGAUCUUGAUCGCGUACCAGAGCAAGAACAAGAUGCAGGCGCAAGCGCAGCGCGACCGGGAGCGCAACGAGCUGGAGGAGAGGGUGGCGGUGCGGAAGUCGCUGCUCGAGCAGAAGAUGAACUCGGAGACGCAGAGGUUCCUGGACGAGAGGGCGGAGAGGAUCAGGAUUUUGCACGAGCGGCAGGAGAGGGAGCUGGAGGAGUUCGACGAGGAGUCGGUGCGGCUGGGGUUCAGUGCCCUGGCGAUAGCCGAGAUAUCACGGGAGAACUACGACGACGACGGCAGUUUGUCGGGUUCGAUGCUAAGUCUAGCUCAUUCCAAUAGCUCUACGAGUUUUCCGCCGGGGUCGGUGUAGUCGGGGCGGCUCCAGUAGUGGGUUUUAUCGGCUGAAGUCACUUUACAAGCGAUAUCUCGGUACUAGGUACUAGGGCGCGGCGUCGAGGCGAGAUCGAUUUGACCAGAAUUGAGCGAGAUAUCGUGUGUAAAUGUUUACAUUUUAAUUAACAAUUAUUUCGUUAAUUGCUGUCACCAGAAAUUUUGGUUUGAGUCUGUUGCCUAUACAAAUUAAUAAUUUUAAUCGUAAGUGUAAUUAAAUUUAAAAAGACUAACAAAUACCAAAAAUGUGGAUUGGUAUUUACGCUUAAUGUAAAUUGAGCAAUAAUAAUAUAACGGCCAGGCCACAACUCACAGGAGGGAUUAAAUAGAGUGAUGGAGUGGUGAUAUUAUUAUUGUUUCCUUUCCGGUUCCCCUUGUUUUGAUAGCAGUAUUUAUUGAUUAAAUUAUAGAGAGAUCACUGUAUAUAUUUUUCAAUUUGUUUUUUAGUCAGUGCUCAUGCGUUUACGUGUAAAAUUCUGUUAAUGGUAAAUGUAAUAUUUUGUAUUGUUUGAUAGCAUGACAAAAUCAAAUUUAUACUGUUUUAGGAACAGUGUUUAGUAAACAAAUGAAUAGUGCAAUUUAUCCUUUAUUUCGUUAGUAUUUAAUCACAUCACAAACUAUUUUCGAUGUUAAGAUUGUGAUAAUUAUAUUUCUGGUUACUUAAGUCGCGCGAGCCGGCUUAAGUCAUGUUACUAGGCUACUCAUGUAAAUUUUUCAUUUCAUGUAAAUGACUUUAGUAAGCGUAGAAGUUGCUUUAAGUCAGGCGGUCGCUAAUUAUCACGGAAAUGUACAUAUUUACCGAACCUUAGGACUGUAUUAAACUGAGGUUAGUUAGUUGUAUGAUGCAACGAUUCUGUUCGUCUGAAUAACUAUUUAUUUUCGCUGUGGCUACCAACAAAAUAUAACAAAAUGUAUUUUAUACGUAAAUAAAAAUUAUUGCUUUAACUGUUU